AAUGUCCUCCAACGAUUUACGGUCAGGCUUCAAGAAGCUGUUGGAUGGCGGUACAUGGGAGUUAAAGAAAAUUCUUAUUCCGAGCCUGGCAGAGAUACUGGGUACUUCGAUACUGGUGUUCACGGGAUGCAUGGGUUGUGUGAACUCUAUGGGAGUGGUGCCAUCCCACCUGCAGAUCGCGCUCACCUUCGGUCUGGCGGUGAUGAUCGUGAUCCAGAGCAUUGGACACAUCAGCGACGCUCACGUUAAUCCUGCGAUCACGGUCGGAGCGAUCAUCCUCGGGAAGAAAUCCAUCGCGGAUGGCUUGUGCUACCUUCUGGCUCAGAUACUCGGAGGGGUAAUGGGAUUCGGGAUGCUGAAGGUGGUCACACCAACGGUGCAUCUGAUGGCGGCAGGUCCCGACGGCGGGAAUAUGUUCUGCGUGAACAAUCUGCACAAUGAACUCUCGGUGAUGCAGGGCCUACUAUUGGAGGGUAUAGGCACAGGGAUACUGAUGCUGGUCGCGUGUGCAAUCUGGGACAAAAAGAACAAGGACAACAAGGACUCGAUUCCGAUAAAGUUCGGCUUUACUGUUGCCGCGUUGGCAACCGCGAUUGGCCCGUACACCGGAUGCAGCUUAAAUCCAGCCAGGUCGUUUGCCCCGGCUCUAUGGAACAAUGAAUGGUCCCAUCAUUGGAUCUAUUGGUUCGGACCGGUCGGUGGCGCUCUACUGUCAUCGUUCCUCUACAGAACCCUCUUCAUGGAGGAGCCGAAGAAGGAUGAAGAGACACCUGGUGAUGGGAAGAUCAACGAGAUCAUCCCGCUGAACACCGUUGACGCUGAGAAGUGACACAAAGGGCAUCGUUCCGAGGAGAAGCCGAGCCGAUCGGAGGCGACCCCGAGGUCGAUCGACGUUUUCCUCGAGAAUACUACGGGAGAUCAGGCGAUCGUUGAAGACCAAGCCUGCGCUUCCGAUGCCCGGAGAGGAUCCAAUAGUUCGACAAAUGGGGAUAAAUGUAUCGAACGGAGCUCGAAGGACCGUACCCCGAAACUAACGCGAUACACGAUCACCUCGGUCCGGUAUUCGUGUGUCGCCAGAGACUGACGCGUCGGUUUAUACCAUUCAGGAUAGCAACAACAGCAGCCCUGUGGAUCAUUGCGAUCCAAAAUCGUUGUGUUCGUUCAUUCCCUGAAAUCACAAGACUGUACUUAUUUACAAUCGCUCGUCUCGAUCAUCACCCUCGAACGAGGGCGUUUCUGUACUCUGACGCGACGGUUCUCGAUGUGGAUACAAAUAACAAGGAUUUUGGUACACUUACGGAAUCACUUGGCGAGCAUUUAUUGUGUACCUCUGUAUUUUCUAUUUGUUACGUGUUUCUGGACACUGUAAGUCUCGGAUUAGGACAACGAUUUCUUUCUUCGUUUCACUUGUGUGUGUAUUCAGCUAAUUUUAGAAAGACAUACACACCCCGGUUUAACGGUUCGGACAGUGAUCACUAAUCCGAGCAUUACUGUGUACAUAAAAAUGUUCUCAGCGUCGAUGAAAUCUUAGCAUGCUUUGAAGUAUAUUUUGGAGGGAUAAUAUUGUGAGAAUCCAUGAUCGAGAAUCGUUGCUGACGCGCAAUUUCAUUUUGUGAUCUAUACCAUCCGUAGAUCGUUGCAAGUCUCGUCUCAAUACUCUGUAACCGGCCGAGUGUCCCUGUGUCGUCCGAAAGCUGGGCAUAUCGCGCGUUCACUGUUUGUUACAUUAUAUAUGAAUUGUUAUGUUUUUAUAGAUCAAGUUAAUAACGAUUAUAUAAAGGACAUUCAAGACGAA